UGUGGCCUGUACAGGAAGGUCUGGAGUCAGUGGGGAGAUCAGAGUUCAGCAGGAGAAGCUCUGAAAAGUUUCACCUGUUAAAGCUUUAAAAUGUGCAGGCCGAACAUGUUGCAGCUCCUGCACGUUGCUGUGUUGUGGCUCUACCUUCUCCUCCCCUCGCUGCUCUGUGACAACCUGCUCUGCUACUACAGCCCCAUCCUGGAAAAGGAGCACACAUUUGAGCUCAUUGUGACUGAGUGCCCCCCUGACGAGCUGUGCUACAAGGGGGAUGGUCGCUAUGGCAACCACAGCGCCCUGUCCACCAGGGGCUGCAUGGCAAAGAAGGACUGCAGCCAAGUGCACAGCAUCCGAGUCAAAGGAACCGUCUACACCAUGACCUAUGACUGCUGUGACAAGCCGCACUGUAACUCCUGCCUGGGCAUCGCAGCCAAAUCCCUCUCCAUCACUGUAACACUCAUGACUGCAGUUGUGAUGGUCGUCAGCUGGUGACUGAAGACAUCUAUGUUACGAGUAUCUUUAGAGUUUCACGUUGAGGGGAAAUAUGCUUAUAUGGUUCAAGAUGAGUAAGCAGCGCUCUGCUGCCUCAGCAUGAAGUAAUGCAGAGGGCCUGCAGAGAUAUUUGGUGAACACCCAGUCUGAAGACACUGAGGUGUGCAUCAAGGAGAUGGCUUCAUGAUUUC